CUUUUUUUGUCUCAAUUUCUGCGUUUUUUCCUUUCAAAAUUCCAUUUUUCAAACCUUAUCUUGCUUGGGUUGAAGGAAAGCUUCGAUCUUUGGGAUCAAUGGCGGAAGCGUUGGGUCAGAGCAAGCUCGUUGCGCCAUGCGGGGGUCGUCGGUCUGCGUCUCCUUUGCCGAAGAGAAAGCCGUCUUUGGUGGCGUGUCGCCGUUCUUCGUCGGCGUCUCCGAGUUUUAGGUCUUUGAGUUCUUCUUCUUUGAGGAGGAGUGGGUUUCUGGGAGAGAAAUUGGUUUUUGGGGAUCGGAGAGGGGAGGCUUUGAAAGGGCGUGUUGAUGGUCUUCAUGUUAAGAUGAACCUAUCCAUUGGAAAAGGAUUAAAAUGGUGGGAGAAAGGACUGCAGCCAAACAUGAAGGAAAUACAAUCAGCACAAGAUCUUGUUGAUUCCUUACUGAAUGGAGAAAACAAGCUUAUUAUCGUCGAUUUCUUCUCCCAUGGUUGUGGAGGCUGCAAAGCUCUCCAUCCAAAGAUUUGCCAAUUUGCAGAGAUGAACCCGGAAAUCACAUUUCUGCAAGUGAACUAUGAGAUACAUAAAUCCAUGUGUUAUAGUUUGAAUGUUCAUGUCCUUCCCUUCUUUCGAUUUUACAGAGGAGCUCAAGGUCGCCUUUGCAACUUUAGCUGCACCAAUGCAACUAUUAAGAAGUUCAAGGAUGCAUUGGCCAAGCACGGCACGGAACGGUGUAGCCUUGGACCGGCUAAAGGCUUGGAAGAAUCAGAACUCAUGGCAUUGGCUUCGAACAAAGAUUUAUCGUUUAGAUAUACGAAGAAACCAAUGCCUGUUGAACAAUUAUCUGGUUUAAAUCAUGAAGAGUUUGUUGUUACGGCGUCGAGAGGCUUGAAAUCGACGGAGUCUGAGAGCAAAGAAGAAGCUCUUGUAAGGUGAUGGCUUAGCUUUAGAAAGUUAUCCCUGGUGUACAUUGUUGUACAAAUUGAGUAUCAAUGUUUGAUAACCAUUGCAGGCUGUUAGCUUGUUUUUUGAGGUUUAUGGCCUGAUUAAAUGGUUGUAUGAUUAAUGGUAAGGUGAGAAGAAUUUGGAUUUUGAGUGUAUUAUUAUGUCUUUGUAUGUCAUUGUAUGAGUGAAUAGUAAUGAUGUAUGUGAUUGAAUCAGUAUUGUUAUCAA